AAAAUUAUUUCAACUAAUAUAUCACUCAUUCAAGAGUGAAUGAGUGAUAUAUGUAAAGUAAAAAGAUGAGAGACAAGCUUUACCUAGGAUUGGUUUGGGCUUUUGAAGUGAAUCCAAACAAAAAACCCAACUUUAGGCCCAUGACUACCCAUUAUAGCAAAUGGAACUCCUAAAAGGAAAAAUAAAAAGAAGCCCAUCCAAAAAGGAAAGAACCUUUUUCUCCCCUUCGUUGUAGGGUUUACCAAGAACCUCGAAUUCAAUUUCUCUUUCUUCCAUAUAUCCGGCAAUCAGAACUGCACCGUUUUAUUCCUUUGUUGGGUUUUUGCGCAGAUCAAGUUUCAGGUUUCUUACGGGAUGGAUGAACUUUUUUCAAUCAAUCAUCGUAUAUGCUUGUUUGAGUUUUAUGUAUUUUGUCUGGAUUGGUUGCAACAUGGGUGAUUUUUCAAUCCAGAUUAGCACCAACCUUAUCAACCGACUUGCUGAAGAUGAUCAGAAGCUGAAGAAAAGAACAAAGAAAACUAAGACCAGGGUGCCACGACAGUCUCAACACCCACAAACUAAGGUAGAUCAGAAGCAAAUAUCUGAUGAUUCUGAAAAUCAGAAAGGGACUACAGGCACAGGAUGGCCAGUUCCUCCUCCCUUAUUUCUGCCUGUAAAACACCCUCCUUACUCUGCAAGUGCAGAGUUAGAUGCAAUUCGAUCUAUUGUUAAAGAGAGUGAGAAUGUUGUAGAAAAGUUGCGGAAGCAGGAAGAGAACAUGGGGCGGGAAGUAACACAAAAAGCUAAGGAUCUCCAUGAUAAAGAGUUCAAGAUUCCAGUACCAAAACCUAUGCCUUGUUCGGUUGAGAAUAAUGCUUGGAUGGCAUGCUACAGGGAGAAUGCUAAUGACCUAACUAAAUGUGCUCCUCUGGCUCAAAAUUUUGCAGAAUGUGCUCGCAGAGCUAGGCAGCUAGCAAAAUCAGCUGAUUAAGUAGACUUUGAUAGGGACAAACUUUCAAGUCAUACAAAGAGUGCAAGCCACUUGCCAGUUUGAUUGAACCUUGAAUUCUGGCGUUGCCAAUAAACCAACAUAAAAGAAAAACUACUAAAUUGUUUAUCACCCUUAUUGGGGGUUACAUUUUGUGCCCUUUGGUCUUUGUCUUAUGAUUUUGUUAAACUCUGUUAAUUCAUAUAUUCCAAGUGACAUGAUUGACUUGAUUGCCUUCAUUUUAAUUGUGGUUCUUUAAUCUAACAUUGAAAUGAUUAAUGGGAA